AUGGGGGAAGGCGAUGAGGAUGAGAUCCCAGAGGAAGAUGAUGGAUCUGACAACGAGAGCAUGACGAGUGACUCGCAAAGACCAUCAAAGAAGAAGAAAGGUCAACGCUUCUUCUGUACCGACUAUCCCCCAUGCCAACUCAGCUUUACACGCAGCGAGCAUCUUGCUCGCCAUAUCAGGAAACAUACUGGCGAGCGUCCGUUCCAAUGUCAUUGCUCUCGUCGUUUCUCUCGGCUGGACAAUCUGCGUCAGCACGCGCAAACCGUCCAUGUCAACGAAGAUAUCCCUGGCGACUCGCUUGCAGCGACCAGCACUAGGUUUCAGAGACAGAUUCGGACCGAUCGCAUACGGCCACCGGGCAGCAGAUCGCGCGCAUCGACUUUUGGAAGUCAGGGCGGGCACUCGCGAGGGCAUAGUCGCAACCUCUCUGCUUCAAGCGUAGCUUCGACGGUUUCAACCAUGAGCAUCUCGGAGGAUGCCAGGCGACGGCCACAGCCUCUCGCCAUGGCCGGAGACACGGGAUCUCGGCUACGUCCUACCAGUGAAUCCUUCGAGGGUGGUCGUCCUCCAUCAAGUCAUGGGCCUCCUCCAUAUGGCUACUACAAUCAACCACUUCCCAGCGGGUUCAGCACACCGACGUCGAAUAACUUCGCUCAGAACAACAUCAGUCCUCAACACCCUUCGGAGAAUGUGCCGACCUCGGCCGUUUCACGGCCUGCCACGUACAACGAUGCGGUCUCGCACAGUCGACGACUGUCUGUGCCAUCUUCACCUAAUCCUUACCAGCCUCAGCCUACCUCAUAUCCACCUCCAUACUACAGUCCGACCUCGUCGACGGCUUUUUCGCCAAAUGGCAGUACCUUCGCCAGUCCCACAAGUUCUGUGUUCACCCACAAUCGCCGAGAGUCAGAGAGUGAGAUGGAUUAUCGCAGGCGGACCUGGCAUGCAAGCACAAACCCACACCUUGUCGUCCGACCUGCUACUAGCGGCUUGACUUACCAUCAGACACCCGAUCAGCCAAUGCCAGCUUUUUCUCAGCAGCCUGCUGCUAGCCAGGUGACUCGACUUCCAGGAAUCGAAAGUUUCGACCACGUUCCACCACCUCCGCCGCCUCCCCCGCGCCAAUAUCCCAGUCCCAUGACGGCCGAGAAUGUUACGCGUCCGUCCAGCUCAGGUCGUCCGCUCGAAUCAUCGAAUCUGCAUCAGGGAUUGACGAGACUCGACAUAACUGCCGCCCACGCUGCAGCGGAGAAUCACUGGCACCCGUCACAUUUCCAACAGCAAUCUCAACCUCAGCCACCACCAACCUCAUACGGUCGCGCUCAUCAUAUGUCGAUGCCUGAGCCGACGGUCACACCUCGCAAGCUUAAGCGUAAUGCUUGGUAUGGCGGCCCAGUUUCGUCAUCGCUGACUGUGAACGCUCUACCUGUACCUCAUCGGCCUUCGCCUGAGGACUCGGGAAGCAGCGAAGGAGUGCAAACACCUUCGACAUCGGCAGCGCAUGAGCAUCAUCCGGUCAUCUACAACCCUACCGGCGGCAAUGGGAGCGAAUACUAUCCCCCGGCGCCUGUGGUUACUGGCGAAGAACAAAAGGUAUAUCAUGUGGCACACGAGCCAAAGCCUGAACCGCUCCGGGCUGACUCGGGCUUCCAGUCGUAUCCGCAUGACGGGCGCGCACCGCAUCCGCACGCCCUACCGAGCGGCCGCGAUCACCGUAUCGCCCUCCCUGAUCCCCGAUCCGCCUCCGACAACACUCGACUCGACGCUCUUGUGACAGCAGCGCUCGGCACCAGCGGCACCACCACAUUGCAGCGUUGA